AUGCUCCCAAUGAAUUGCUAACGUAUUCUCAUGCGCAAUACCGCGGUUUCGCUAUCUAAUAAUUCUAUUCAAAUAUACAUGUCUGUUGAUUAUUACUGCUUGUAUCAGACUACAACAUUAAUAUUUAUGGUCGUCUUGUUACCUGAGAAAACAGAUGCAUAUAGACGUACGCAUUCGGCGCAAUGCUCAGCAAUGGGCAGGCAGAAAACAGUAGCCUACAUGAGUUGAUUGCCAACGAGUUAAUUUGAUGCCAACAUACAAAUAAUUUAUGACUACCAGAUAUGUCAUUAUAAUCGUGAGAAAAUGUAUGCGCAUAUUCUGGGGACGCUCCCAGAUAGUGAUUUCAAAAUAUAAACAGCAUUUUGACAGUAAUUUACAAUCAACUGAUUGUGAAAAUGGCAUCACGGCCUCAUGAAAAAGGCAAUGAACUGCAUCAGGCUAUCUACUCCAAAAAUUGGUCUAAAGUCAAGCGACUUAUGAGAGGGAAACCACAGCUAGUCAAUGAAAUAGAUGAGGACGGCUUCACGCCAUUACAUUAUGCUGCGUCGAAAUUUGACGACACACCAGAGGAUGUGUGUGUACUGUUAGUGGAGCAAGCUAAAGCAGCCACACUCGAUAUUUUAUACCCGCGGCCGUGGGUUCGUCAUAGUCUUCUUCAUCAACUGUCUCGGCGUGGAUUCUCAACAUGCGUCAGUCGCGUCCUUGAAAAAUCGAAGACACGAAUCAACACACAAACCAAGUUUGACCAAACUGCUCUUCAUUGGUGCGCAGUGUCCAACCUCUCAGUCCAGCAACAUUUCAAAAUCAUCCAUGCCCUAUUGUCAAAUGGAGCAGAUGUUACCAUUAGGGACAAGUUUGGUGAUACUGCAGCUGAACUGUAUCAAAAAAGUAAAUGUGAAUAUGAGAACAAAAAAGAAGAAAUACCAAUGAUUGAAUAUUUAUUAAGAGGAGAAAUACCUCACCAGAUUUUGUUGAAAGGCAUAGAUACAGUCCUUAUGUACGUGAAAGCUUUAGAAGUAGGCGGUGAACUUUUUAAUAAGUGUUCUGUGACAGUGGUGGGACAAGCCAGAGCCGGCAAGACAAGUCUAAUAAAGAGAUUGACAGGACAGAGAUUUAAUUCACAAGAAGAAGAAACUGAUGGGAUUGUAACCACGAAGACAUAUACAAUUGAUGAAAAAGAAGAAAACUGGAUACUAGAAACUAGAAAAUUCGAUGGUCAGUGUUAA